GUAAGAGGGCUCCAAAUUACCUGUCCAGAGCUAGAGGUGAACUCAAGAAAGAUGACUUCCCGUACCAAAGGCCUCAAAAGACCAAAAAAGGCUGAAGUAAAUUAUUUGCCGCCAUUGCCACUUGGAGAAACAAAAGAAACAAUGGAAGAAGAGAGGGUGGUUCUACUCACAGAGGUGAAAAAGGCCAACAACGACAAGAUUAUCAGUGAGAAAAUGGAGAAGACUUUCCCAUAUCGACGGUUGGAGGUUGUCAACCAGAUGCCUGCUGUCCCAGAUGUCAUGGAGAGAUGGCCUGCCCUCUUCUAUGACACUCAGGUGAAGGAGGAGUUCAAGAGGAUCACAGCUAUCCGCCUGGACCAAACCUUUUUGACGAAGAUGGAUUGCUACACUCCAAAACUCCUGACCAUUUUCAAGACCAAGGGUGGGGCUGCAGGCGCAAAAAUGAAAAGCGUGUUGGAGUUGCUCAGUCAGCGACAGAUCGAUAGCCAUGAUGCGGUCAUCCGUUGUCUGAUCCAUUUCCUGGGAGAAUCGACAGAGGAGCUCAUCAAAGACUACCAGGAUGUUUCCAAGGAUGUCAUCGAACAAGAUAUCAAAGACAGCGUGAUCAAGAUCCUUGUGCUGGGCAGCGCUGCAGAGGGUGCCCCCCCGACUGAUGUCAUCAUUGUGGUUGAUGGUACAGAGGUAUUGGGUGGUUGUAAAACACUCACCAAUGCUUGCAUUCUGCUCAUGGGGUUUGUGUACUCGCUGAAUCUCAGUUAUCCUCCAAAAUUGAAAUACACAUUUGAAGUGUUUCAAAAGUUGCUUUUGGAGUUGGAUAAUUUAAAGUUCUCCCCCAAAGUGGAUUCUCUGCGAAGGAAACUGCUAAUGUAAACGAAAAAUGUGAUUACAGCUCAUGCAGCAGAUGCAAUUGACAUUAUUGUGAAGUUGUUCAUAACGGUUUGUAAAAGGCUUUGAGUUAUGCGUCUUGCUCUUUAGUUUAGGUUUAUUUAAUGACUUGAAUA